CCUGCUCCUCCUCCCCAUCCUCCUCCUCCUGCUCCUCCUCCCCCUCCUCCUCCUCCUGGUCCUCAGCGUGGAGGUGCGGGGCCGCUGCUGAUGCGUGUCGCUGCGGCACUGGAUGGAUGUAAACGAGCAUGUUCGCCGGUGAAGCCUCGGGCGCUGCUGCACGCGGACGGAGAUAAAAAAAAACGCGGGGCUUUAUUUUUUUUUUUAUAUAUUUGACUUAGUUUUUUUUUACCUGGCGGUCGGUCACCUGCGCUGCGGCGACAUGUCAAACUCCAACAAGAGCAAGAAGGACAAAGAAAUCCUGGCGGAGUACGAGAGUCAGGUGAAAGAUGUGCGGACGCAGCUGGUGGAGCAGCAGCGCUGCCUGGAGCAGCAGACGGAGAUGCGGGUGCAGCUGCUGCAGGACCUGCAGGACUUCUUCCGGAAGAAGUCGGAGAUCGAGACGGAGUACUCCCGGAACCUGGAGAAGCUCGCCGAGCGCUUCAUGGCCAAGACGCGCAGCACGAAGGACCACCAGCAGUACAAAAAGGAUCAGAACCUGCUUUCUCCGGUCAACUGCUGGUACCUGCUGCUCAACCAGGUGCGGAGGGAGAGUAAGGACCACGCCACCCUCAGCGACCUCUACCUGAACAACGUCAUCAGCCGCCUCACGCACAUCAGCGAGGACUCGGCGCGUCUGCUGAAGAGGAGUAAGGAGAUCAUCUUCCAGCUGCAGGAAGACCUCAUGAAGCUGCUGAACGAGCUUUACACCGUGAUGAAGACGUACCACAUGUACCACGCGGAGACGGUCAACGCCGAGACCAAGCUGCGGGAGGCGGAGCGCCAGGAGGGCCGCGUGAAGGGCCUGUCGGGGCCGGGCGGCGGGGUGGAGCCCGUGUUCGGCCUGCGGAUCGAGGAGCGCCACCAGCGGCGCAACGCCGCCCGCAAGAUGGAGAAGAUGCGGGAGAAGAGGAAGGCGAAGUACUCCGAGAACAAGCUGAAGGCUCUGAAGGCGAGGAACGAGUACCUGCUGACGCUGGAGGCCACCAACGCCUCCGUGUUCAAAUACUACAUCCACGACCUGCCGGACAUCAUCGACUGUUGUGACCUAGGGUACCACUCCAGUCUGAGCCGGGCCCUGAGGACGUACCUGUCGGCCGAGCUGAGCCUGGAGGCGUCCAGGCGCGCGGGGCUGGAGGUGCUGGAGGGGGCGGUGGAGGGCCUGGACCCGGCCCGCGACCGGCAGCGCCUGCUGGGCCUGUACCCCACCGCCUUCUGCCCGCCGCAGCGCUUCAGCUUCCAGGCCCACAUGGGCGACGCAGUGACCCAGAUCGCCUCGCAGCCUCAGCUCCAGGCCGAGCUCAACCUCCGGCUCACGCAGCUGCAGACGCGCCUGGCGUCGCUGAAGAUCGAGAACGAAGAGGUGAAGAAGACCUGGGGCGCCACCCUGACCACGCUGCAGGACAUGACGGUGCUGGAGGACUUCGACGUGUCCGGGAGCUUCACCCACAGCCCGUCCUCCGAGUCGGUCAAGUCCAGCGUGUCGGACGGAUACUUGAACAAGCCCAGUCUGGCCAAGCGACGGGCCAACCAGCACGAGACGGAGCUCUUCUACUUCAACAAGUUCCGCGAGUAUCUGGAGGGCAGUAAUCUCAUUUCCAAACUCCAGGCCAAACACGACAUCCUGAAGAAGGCCUUAGCAGAAGGUUAUAAAGCUGAACUGCUCACUACGAGUCGUGGGCGGAAGAAUUCCCACAGCAAACACCAGGAUUCAACCAAAGCCAUACCCUUGCUGGUGGAGAGCUGCAUCCGCUACAUCAACCUGCACGGUCUUCAGCAUCAAGGCAUAUUUCGGGUGUCAGGGUCCCAGGUGGAGGUCAACGAUAUCAAGAACUCCUUCGAGAGAGGAAACGACCCGCUGAUCGACGAGGAGAGCAGCCGCGACAUCAACUCAGUGGCCGGAGUGCUGAAGCUCUACUUCCGGGGUUUGGAGAACCCGCUGUUUCCCCAGGACCGGUUCAAUGACCUCCUCAACUGUGUUCGGAUAGAGAACCUGUACGAGCGAGCGCAGUGCGUCCGUAAGAUCCUGCUGGGCGUCCCGAGGGCGACGCUGGUGGUGAUGCGUUACCUGUUCGCCUUCCUCAACCACCUGUCCCAGUACAGCGACGAGAACAUGAUGGACGCGGGGAACCUGGCGAUCGUGUUCGGCCCGACGCUGCUGCCGACGCCCGACACGCUCGACCAGGUCGCCUGUCAGGCGCACGUGAACGAGGUGGUGAAGACGGUGAUCCUGCACCACGACAACAUCUUCCCCGACGUGAAGGACCUGCCGGGCCCCGUGUACGAGAAGUGCAUGACCGGAGACCAGUACUGCGAGAGUCCGUUCAGCGAGCCCGGAGCUCUGGAGGAGGCCGAGCCCGACGCUGGCACCGAGACCCAGACCAGCGACGAGGAGGGCGAGGCCGUGGAGGCGGUGGCGAGGUUCGACUACGUGGGCCGGUCGGGCCGCGAGCUGUCCUUCAAGAAGGGGGCGUCGCUGCAGCUCUUCCAGCGGGCGUCGCACGACUGGUGGGAGGGGCGUCACAACGGCAGCCGCGGCCUGGUGCCGCACCAGUACAUCGUGGUGAAGGACAGGGCCGACGUCAUGUCGGACACCAUGAGUCAGAAGGCCGACAGCGACGGCGGCGGCAGCAGCAGCACCGACGACAAGCGGUCGAGGAGCGAGCUGAGCUCCCCCACCGACGUCCGGCCCCCGGAGACCUACAACAGGUCCGUCAUCAAAGAUCUGAGGCGACUGAUCCGCGGAGACGACGCACUCCUUUCAAAUCACAGGAGGAAGCGAACCGACGGUCUGUUCCGCCGGAACCUCGGCCGCUCCAACGACAGCCACGGCAACGGCGGCGUGAUGGAGCGGAGCUCGCCGCCGGUGACGGGCCACUUCAGCCCCAGGGAGCUGCUGCUGGGGCGGGGCCAGGGCCUGACCCCGCCCCUCGACAGCCCCGAGCGCCGCCGGCGCUCCGCCGCCGCCGUCACUAUGACGGUGAGCCGGCACGACUCGCUGCGACGGCCCGAGGACACGCCCAUCCGACGCUCGAGCAGCGGGCAGCACGGGUUCGGCGACUCCCACCGGUCCCGAGCUCUUGACCCCGACAAGCUGGCACAGGACAUCGAGGAGACGGUGACCGUGGCGCUGGGCGAGCUGCGGCAGCUGGAGCGGCAGGGCUGCCGGCCGGCGCCCGACGUGGUGCUGGACACUCUGGAGCAGGUGAAGAACGGCCCCGUCACCACCGCCUGCUCCUCCGAGUCCCCCAGCCCCCACAGCACCCCCAGCACCCCGGGGACCCCCGGCACCCCGGGCACUCCGGGGACCCCGGGCACCCCGAGCCCCCUCAGUCCCCUGAGCCCCAUCAGCCCGCUCCCCGGACCUCCGCCCGGGCCUCCCCGACCGGCCAACCCCUCCCCGGACGCCCUGGGCUCCUUCAAGCCCGUGGCGGCCGCCCGCAUGGGGGCCCCGCUGAGGCCCCCGGCCCUGAGGCCCAAGCCUAUAGUCCCGCCGAAGAGCAGCACCCCGCCUCUGCCCCCGCCGCUGGACAAAUCCUGCACCAUGUGAGCCAAACCAGGCCGACGACAAAGGCCGAAUCAGGCCUAACCCGGGCCAAAACUGGGCCAGACGAGGAGAUCAGGGUACUGCUUAGUGUUUAUAAUCAACAAUGAGGGUAGAGACGGUAGGAAACAGAGGAAAAAAGGGUUUUAAUGUAGUAAUAAAAUAUAAUAUAUGACCUACGAUAUGAUAUGCCAUGAUAUUUGUGUGUUGUCAGGUUGGUGUGUAACUCUCUAGGUGUGUAGGAGUUUACUUUCUCCGUGUAUCGAAGCAUUUAUUAAAGGUUUAGCUGGAGGAGGGAGGAGGGAGGAGACGAGAGGGGACGUAAUUCAGCGCCGGUGAAAAGUGUAGUUCCAAGUGACGUGAAUGUUGGCUGUGCUGUCGUGACGAUGAAGACGAAGACGAAGACGAAGAGCCUGUCGCCGGGCAGGCUGCUGUUUUACUUAAAAAAAAGAAAAAACUCUUGCGAUCGGCUGCUGCGUCUGAGACGAGUGACUGGAGGAGGAGGAGGGGGACACGAACACUGGUUCAACGACGUCUGCGUGACCUUAUUUAUUUAUUUAUACGUGUUGUUUUUUUAAAAACUUUUUUCAAUCUCGGUUCAGCUGCUAAGUUCACUUUCACCUCAAACCACGAAGAAGAAAAAGAGGAAAAAGAAUUUUAAAAAACUGCCGCCUGAGGUCGUCAGCGACGCCAAAACUCACGUUACUUUGCCAAAACUGCUGUUUAAUGAAUGUUUCCAGUAUUUAAAAAACGACUGUUCAGCGAAUCUAUUGAAUGUUUUUGGCGGGAACGCUGUGAAGCUCGCUUAACUUUUUAUUGAAAAAAAACAACAGCCUUCUUGUGUUGGAGGGGGACGACCCCCGACCCCCGACCCCCUGACCCCAGGACGCAGCUUCAAACAGGGUGUGACGGUCGACCGGUGGACGGAGUUUUUCCUGGGAUGGGGGGGCGGAGUGGGUGUAUGAUUUUAUUCUUGUGUGUGUGUGUGUGUGUGUGUGUGUGUGUGUGUGUGUGUGUGUGUGUGUGUGUGUGUGUGUGUGUGUGUGUGUGUGUGUGUGUGUGUGUGUGUGUGUGUGUGUGUGUGUGUGUGUGUGUGUGUGUGGGUGUGUGUGGGUGUGUGUGUGUGUCCUGCUUCUUGCCUGCCCUUGUUCUGCUCCCUCGUGCAGUUAGCCCUAGAAUAGACAGUAGAUGAUAGAUAAUUCAUGGCUCCGAGAGCCAUAAACACGCGAGUGCAAGUCGGGGGGAGAAACAAGUGCAAAAAGCAUGGCACUUCCUGUACGUGUGUGUGUGUGUGUG